GCUCGCUCCUGAGCCUCUCGGGGCUGAGCGCCGCUGGGCUGGGCGCAACAGGCGUCGCAGGGCUGGACGCGGCCGCGGCGGGAGGCAGCGCCUCGAGCCGGGCCGACGCCAGAUACCAGGGGCAGGUGAAGGCCUUCAACGACGAGAAGGGCUGGGGCCACAUAGCAUGCGAGGCCACCCGAGCGAUCUACGGAAAGGACAUAUUUGUCAUGCGGAGCGCCCUGCGGUGUGGGAAGAUCGCGGCGGGGGACCAGGUGAGCUUCACCAUCACGGAGACGCCCAGGGGGCCUCAAGCGAUGGACGUGUACUCCCUCGAGAAGGGCGCCGACUGGAGCACGCACGUCACCGCCGGCAGGAUGUUCUUCGGGACCGUCAAGCUUUUCAGCGAGGAGAAGGGCUGGGGCUUCGUGGACUGCCCGGACACCCACGCGAUGUUCGGGAAGGAUAUGUUUGUGCACAAGCGCGAGUUUACCGACGCGACGCUCGGCAACGGCUCGGUCAUCCAG